CGUUAUUGACGGGGUUUCCGCCGGUCCCCCUGGUACUAGUCGAAAGUUUGACGAUUUUGAUAAAGAUAGUAACGGGAAUUUGAACAUGAAGGAAUACCUAGCCUCUCUCGAGGACGGCCAUGACAAACUUUCUGAGGAUAUGAUUCUCCAGAAAUUCGAAUUACUGGACGGAAACAGUGACGGUAAAAUAAGCAGCAAGGAGUUUUCUGCGCAAGAUGAUGAAACCAAGAACACUAAUGACGACGACGAGACUAAGCUGCUCAAAAUACUUGAACACGCAUCCGCUGACCAGAUGAAGACGGAAAACCUUGAUGAAAAGAAAGACCAGAAGACGGAUGUUAAUGCCGAGGAAGAUGAUGCUGAUGACGCCAAUGAUAAGGAUGAUCCAGCGCACGAUGAUGAAGUUGAGGACCUUUUUCAAACAGCAAUGAAAGCCCUCAAAGAAAAAGAUGCGAAGAAACAAACGGUUAAGAAAGAAAAGAUUGAAGGGAAGAAGAAGAGCAUGGCCUCAACUGACAAAAAGGAAGCAGAUGCAUCUAAAGAUAAACUAAUCGAUUCAGAAUUAGGAUCUGCUGAAAAAAUACAGGACCAAGUUGAGAAAAAGGAACACCAGAGAGAGAAAGAUGACGAUGCCAGGGUGGACGCACUUCGGAAAUUACUGGAGAAAACUUUAAAAGAUAAAGCAGCCGGUGACGCUGAAAAGACUGUCAAGAAAGAGCAAGGAGCAGAAAACAAAGACGAGCACGAUAUUAGUAAGCUAAAUGACGAGGGAAGGAAAGCACUGAAGCGGAAGUUGAUCUCAGAAAUAAAGAUGACUCUGCGAAGAAUCAUGGAUGACUUUGAAGAUAGCAGAGAUGCAGAUGAAGAUGACAAUGAUGAUGAUGACAACGAUGAAGCAGACGACAGAGAAGCCGAUGAAAAUGAUGAUGACGACGAUGAUGAUGAAGAGAACGACAACGAGAGAGACGACGACGACGAAAAUGAAAUGGACGAGGACGACGAAGAAGGUGAAAACAGAAAUACUGUUCUACGAGAUGCUUUGAUGAAACUUUUGGAAAAGAGACAUAACCGACGUGAUUAAAUGAAAUGACUCUAACACGACUCUUCUUGACGGUCCAACGGCAUAUGGUUACCAUCCAACAACACAGAACGUUAUCAAAACGUUACCA